AUGUCGGUGGCAAUCCUAGCGACGGAAGCGUUGAGCGAUCAAUAUCAACCUUUUGAGCCGGACUUCAACAUGCACAGUACAUCGGAUUGCUGGGCGCCCGCUCCGUGGGGGAAAGAUGCACCUAUGACAACGACAGGCUACAUGGACUUCGUUGUGGCCAAUCCACGACCUUCUGACAGACAAUCUACGUUCCAAUCAAGCUUCGAACAGACCAACUUAACAAAUCGUGGUCUGAACAGCAGGAUCGCUUCUAAAUACUCAUUCAAAGACCUCGACACACAGUCCAGCAUCAAUACGACUCUUGCUGUGUCGACUGCAGCUCUAUGCCCAUCGUCUGCCGAUACGAUUGCGUACGAUUCCAGAACAGUAUCGCACACAGACACACGCUUCAAUUCGGACCACGCGUCACCCAGCUCCAACUGCAGAUUCUCGCUCGACAAUCAGCUGCGGCAUGCUGGCUCGCCUAAAUAUACAAUGUUUACUGAUGACACGAAUCCUCUAUCGUCAAAACGCCGCUGUGACAGCCCGCAAUCCAACUUCGUAACACACUCAUCGACAACGCCACAAUCACAAGUUGGACGGAGAAGGGGCUCAGAAUACGUAGAACCUGGUUCCGCACGAGCUGUCUACUUGGAGAAGAAUCGAAAGGCUGCAAGCAAAUGCAGAAGCAAACAAAAACGGCAGGAGGAAGACCUGGUGGAGGCAGCACGGGACGCGGAGCGGCGGAACAAACUACUCAAAGCCGAGGUGGAGAUGCUCAAGAAUAGCAUGCGAGACUUGAUGCAGCUUGUUGGUCAGCAUACGCAAUGUCCUGAUACUCGGUUAAAAUUAUACCUGCAGCGCCAAGCAGAUCGAUUAGCAAUUAGAGGCCAACGUAACAAUUUCUUCUCUUCCUUGUCAGCGAGUUUGGACUCCGGCAUGGGCUCAAUUGACAAGGUGUUAUCACCAGAGGGAGAGUGA